UAAUGCCGCAAUUCAUUCAUUGAUCGUUUCAAUAGCGCGCCGCACGCUCAGCACAGCAGACAAGACAGACAAGUGCCGGCGUUACGGCUACCGUGGCGUAUACGUGCGUUUUACAAGAUUCUGUGUGUGUGUGUGGGCAUUAACUUUAAGCUCAGACGCGCGUUGGCUGGCGCGCUAACGGAGUCAAAGCCAAAGUGUUGCUGGUCUGCCCAACUUGGACAACAAACGACAUUGACGACGACAACAGCAGCAGCAACAUACGAGCGAUCAGUGCACAGCGAACAGGCGCAACAGCAGCACGUAGCCGUAGUUCGUAGUCCGUAGUUCCGUCGUCAUCGUCAUCGUCGCCGUCGUCAUCGUAGACGCAGACGCACCUUUCUCCAAGCAACAGUAUCGCGGUCUGGUGUAUUUUUGUGCAGCCAACUCGGGUUAUUGGAUACAGAUACACAUAGCGCGCGUACUCACGGAUAUUUUUAGCAGCCGGCACACACACACGCACACAUACACACACACACACGUAUAUACGCAUAUAUACAAAUCAGCUCGCGCUGCUGACACACGCGGCUCGCACGUUUUGGAACUGUUCUUCGCGUUGUUGCUUGUGUGCAGUUGUAAUUGCUUCCAAUUUUACCAAUUGAUCAAACAGUGCAAUCUAUAAUUAAUAUAUAAUAUACAAUCAACGCUAAAUUUGUGCUGUUAAUCUGUGUGUGUUUAUUUAUUCCGCCAUGACUAAUAAGCCCGUUGGCUAAGGAAUUUAAAUUGAAUCUCUGCGCUUAUGAUGCGGGCCAAGUUUAAUGAAGCAACAACAAAUUUAAAUAAAAUAUCAACAAAUCACAAUCAGAAUUAGCGCUGCAGCGCAUUAAAAAGUGCUAUAAAUAAAUUUUAAAAAAACUUCAAAGCUGCUCAAAACUAAACUUUUGGAUUUAUGCAAACAAAAAGAUGAAAUUCAGCACCUACGAGCUGCACAACUACGCGGAGCUGCAGAUGGAACUGGAGAGUCCAAAGGAUGCGCGCAAGCGCAAAAGCAACAGCAGCACAGCAGCCAGUCGACGUGGUGAGAAGUAUUCGCUGCGCCAGAAGCGUCAAAAGCGUCAACCAGCUGAAGCAAGCAGAGCACAGCAGCCAGAACUGGCAGCAGCAACACCCACGCCCAGCAAAGCGAAGCCUAAAAGCGCAGCCAAGUCGAAGGCGCCGCCGCUGAGCAAAUAUCGCCGCAAAACUGCAAAUGCGCGCGAGCGCACGCGCAUGCGUGAGAUUAACAUGGCCUUUGAGCAGCUGCGUCAUUGCGUGCCGCAGUCCAUAACUGGCGAGGAUGCAGCCAACACGAAUGAGAAGCUUACCAAGAUUACAACGCUGCGUUUGGCUAUGAAGUACAUAGGCAUGCUCAAUGAAUCGCUGGCGGAUCCAAGCUACGAGAGUGAAUUCCUUGUUGAGUGUCUGCGUGAAAGCGCCGCUCGGGAGCCGCAUGUUAGCCACGAUACAGAGCCCGAACCGGAGCUGGAGCUGCAGCCAGUGGCCAAAAGCAAAAAGCCAAGCAAGGCUACGAAAAAGACGCCAGCCAAGCGGCAAGCCAAACAGCCCAAGCUGCCAACAGUUAGCGCCAACAGCAGCUCAGCCGAAUCCUGUUAUAACAGCAGCUCAUUGGACUCGCCUGGCUUUUGUGCCGCCGCCUGCUCGCCCAGCUCUGCCUACGCCUCGCUUUCCAGCUCCGCCUGCUCCAGCAGCGGCAGCAUUAAUGGCAACGCCACGCUGGAUGCAGAUGGUCUGUUGAGCAUGCAGGCAUUAAGCGAUCUCAGCAGCAUGCUGCUGGACUCCGAUGGCGAUUCGCUGCACUGCCUCACCGCGGACUAUCACAGCCUGCUGGAGAGCAGCAGCACGCCGCGUGGUGAUUUGCCCAUGGCCAUUAAUGCAACGCUGGAUAAGCCGGAUGUGGAGCUUAGCCUGCGACUGCUGGACAACUCAACAGAUUCCUUUGACUUUGGCAGCAAUCAGCAGCCAUCCGCCUGCAUCAGUCCGCUGGCAACGCUAGAGAGUUUUCAUCCGUUUAACGAUUUGCUGCCCGGCGAGUUUCCGGAUUUGUUUCUAACGUGACCAGCACACGGCUGACUAUAGUUUAUUUAUUGAUAAUUUUGUUAUAGUUAGUAAGCUUAUUGUUUAAGCACGCACUGUCCUAACCUCACUUUAGCCAUAGCAAACAGCGGAAUUCAUUGUGUCAUAGCAAACAGACAGUAACAGCUAGCAUAGCAGCUAGCUUAUGUCCAUCAACUAACUGUACGCUGCUUGCGUUAACCAAAUUAGUCAACUAAGCGAAAGGCAUUUCUUCUUCUACUUCUUAAUUGAUUAUUUCAAUGCUGUAAAUAAAAAAACACACAAAUGUUGUUCAA